GGGCACAUAAAACGGCUUACGAAUCCUGCGCUUAUCUAUAUGUUAUAAAUCUAUGACUACAGUGUCUUACUUUAAACCUUGUUCUAAUAAAUUCUUUGAAAGUACGUAAUUACUAGCAAAUUAAUUAUAACAUACAACAAGCAUAAAAUCUGUUGCAAUUCGAAUGAAUGUCACAUUCACAUCGGCAACAAACAUCGGUCACUAACUUAUUUCUUUUCUUGUCAUAUUUUAAUAAUAUAAUUAAGUAAUUCGAAAGUGCUCCUUUUAAUUAUUAAUAUAUUAUUUUCAGGCGAAAAUGUCGAAAGAUUCAGAGAAAGGCAAGGUUCUGAACUUUGAUCACCUUACCUUCUGGGUUGCUAAUGCUAAAACUGCAUCCAGUUAUUUUAUAACUCGGUUUGGUUUUGAACCCUUCGCAGUGAGGCCAUCUUCAGAGGAAAGGCCAAUUGUUUCAUACGCUGUUAAACUCAAUCAAAUAACGAUAGUAUUCGAAUCGCCAGCAGCAGAAGAAGGGGAUAUAUCGAAGGAUUUGGCAGCACACGGGGAUUUCGUGAAAGACGUAGCAUUUGCAGUGGCCGAUUUGGAUGCUAUUGUAGUCAGGGCAACAAAGGAAGGCGCAGAUAUUGUCAAAGAUGUCACGGAAGAAAGUGAUAAGGAUGGUGUUAUCAGAUAUGCUGUUUUGAGAACGUACGGUGACAAUACACACACGCUGAUAGAUCGGUCCCAAUAUUCAGGAAUACUGUUCCCUGGUUACGAAGAGGUGGAAAAUGAUCCAUUGAAUAAGCUAUUGCCACCCACAAAGUUGAGUUUCGUAGACCACGUGGAAGGUAACAUGGCGGACGGGACGUUAGAGGACUCCGUGUCAUGGUACGAGAAGAAUCUUAACAUGCACAGAUUCUGGUGCGUGGAUUACAGCCACGAUUUAGUGCCGUACUCCUGCAUCAACUCAGCUUCUGUCAUAAACCAGACUGAAACAGUUCUUCUCUCCCUGAACGAAGCGGCUAAGGGUCUCCGCCCUACCAGCAAAGCGUCGGAGUUUGUCAAAGCUCUUGGCACGUCUGGGGUGGAACAUGUGGCUCUUUACACUGACGACAUUGUUUCUACUAUGCGGAGCCUUAAAGCCAGAGGCGCUGACGUCAUAUCCUGGCCACCAACCUACUACGAGCUCAUUAAGGAGAAGCUAAAGGACAGUCCCGUCAACGUGGCAGAAACCAUCGAGGAACUAAAAGAGCAGGAUAUACUGAUCGAUUUCGACGAAAGAGGAUACAUGCUUCAGGCGUUCACCAAACACCUGCAAGUUCGCCCGACUUUGUUCAUUGAGAUCAUACAACGGAGGAAUCAUAGGGGAUUCGGUGCCAUGAACUACAAGUGGGUGUUUGAAGCGAUCGAACGCCUAGAAUCUAAUAAGGAUAAUUAAGUCUUAAAAGAUUCGGGAAAAAUUCAAUUAUGUACGAAAUUGCUCUACAAUGGUUCUUAACCACAGAAUAUGAUUAUACUGUAAUUAUAAAAGUACAAGAUGUAAAUGUAAACAUUCAAUAUGCAGGAUUGGUAUUUAUUAAGUUUAGAAUAACUA